AUGGCGGACGGCCAGAAGUACAUCAACCUAGAGCAUCCGUCCUUGACCUUCUUGAGGUCAAGGCAACUUGCGGCUGGACUGAGGAAGAUGGGGCUUGAGCAGGGUGAUAGAGUCGGAGUGAUGUCGUAUAACCGGACGGAGUGGCUCUUGAUACAGAUGGCAGCGGCCAUGGCCAAUCUCAUUCUAGUCAACAUCAACCCUGCCUACUUAAGAGAGGAGCUGAGAUAUUGUAUCAAUAAAGUAGGCGUUUCUGCUUUGUUCAUGGAUCAUCAAUAUCGCCAGCAAAACUACAUCCGCCUGCUUUAAUAACUCGCUCCCGAGUCGCCUUUCAAACUACCCGUCCAGGGACUUCCCACUUUGCGCUACGUGAUCUGCAUGGACCCAGAAUUCAAACCCACUAACCCAGCCAUCCUACCCUUCAAUCGAGUUGAGACAUUGGGGGAUAGCAGUGAUUUAACUCAAAUAGACGAGUUAGUAGGUAAAAUCUCGGCAGACUCCUCUACUAAUAUCCAGUUCACUAGUGGCACCACUGGGAAACAAGGAGCCACCUUAACUCACUACAACAUCCUCAACAAUGGUUUUAGCUUGGGCGAGCGACCUGGGUAUAGCGAGCAGGACAGCAUUUGCGUCUCAGUGCCCUUAUAUCAUUGCUUCGGCAUGGUCAUAGGCAACAUCGCGGCCAUCACCCGGGGCAUGUCCUUAGUGUAUCCCUGUCGCGGCUUUAAUGCAAAGCUAGCACUGGAAGCUUCAGCAAAAUUUGGGGCAACCUCGAUCUACGGUGUGCCGACGAUGUUUAUCUAGUAUCUGAAGUAAGCCAAAAAGCAAAAGUACUAACUGGCCCUAAGAACAGGAAUCAUGGCUGGAUCGCUUUGCCCAGAGACUUUAAUGCUUGACGUAUACAAAACGCUGAAUCUUCAUGAUUUGACCAUCUGCUACGGCAUGACAGAGACAUCGCCUGUCUCCUUCCAAACCUCUCCCACAGAUACUUUGGUUCAGAAGACCAGAACUGUGGGGCGCAUACUCCCAGGCAUUGAGGCUCAGAUCGUUGGCGACAAUGGCCAACCAGUUCCCCGAGGGACGGCCGGUGAGUUCUGGGUGAGGGGCUACUGUGUGAUGAAGAAGUACUGGGAGGAUGAGGAAAAGACCAGGGAAAGCAUCAGCGACGGGUGGAUGAAAUCCGGUGACCUGGCGACCAUGGACGACGAGGGCUAUUUGAAUAUUGUAGGAAGGAGCAAGGACAUGAUCAUCCGCGGAGGCUAAAAUGUGUUUCCUAAAGAAAUCUAAGAUUUCAUUCGCGCCAUCCCCGGCGUCGAGGAUGUGCAGGUCAUUGGCGUCGCAGAUGAGCGACUCGGCGAGGAAAUCGCCGCUCUGGUCAAGCUAGACCAAGCUCAAAGCCUGAGCCGAGAGUACAUCUUUGGGCAGUGCUAUCAGAAUAUGGCCCAUUAUAAGGCGCCCAGGUACAUCAAGUUCGUGGAGAAGUACCCACUGACAGUCACGGGCAAAGUGCAAAAGUAUCUCAUGCGGGAUGAGCUCAACAGGGAGUUGCGACGAAGUCCUCGAGCCCUGCCUCAGACUCGCCUACAAAUUAGUCCUUAA